AUGGGAGCUGUAUUAAAGGGGCUCGAAGCACGGUCUGCAACGGCAAUUCCUCAAUUCCUUUUGUGCCAUCCUGCCUUCGUCGUCAACUUCAGUCUCCCAGUGACUCCGCGAACGAUCAUAUCUUCCAGCAUCACAACGUCCACCACCGUGACGGGGGCUGCGUUGCUUGCCAUCAUCACGCCAUUCGUUCAGCCACCCGACUGCACGAGCUACUGGGGCACCACAAGUGUGCGCUCAACUGUCAUCAACGGUACCACGCGAAUGGUCCGCGUGGUAGUCUCCGAUUCCGCCGCAUCAUGCUACCCGCCUGGUUGGACGGGCGAUAAAACCACCCCGGGAAUGCCUAGCUUUUCCCCGGGCGUGUGCCCCGAUGGCUGGGUGUAUUGGGACAUGGCUGAAGCUAGCUAUACAGCGGCAUCGACGGCCUUUUGCUGCGACAUGUCUGUUUGCGUUUCUUCUCUUCGUUGUGCUUUGGGCUCUUGGACAAGAACACUCUCUGACUGUCGACCCAAGUGGCUUCUCUCUCCAGUGGCUCCCCCUAUAUUGGCCCGAAUCGUCGCUGGACUUGGGGUCCCGGUUGUGUGGAAGCUGGAGCCAUAACACCCGCUCUAC